ACAGCGGCUGCUCUUGCUGAGGCCAUGAAGACCAAAAAGAUCAAGUUGGAGGUGAUGGGGGGUUACCAUAGUAACCACCACCAGCAUCAUCAUCACCACGGGACAGAUGGAGAGAACGGAGGAGAUCACCACAACUCCUCCAGUCUGGGUCUGGAACACCUCCCGUUCAUGAUGAUGUCACACCCCCUGAUCCCUGUUAGUAUGGCCCCUGCCUCCGUCUCCAUGGCGAUGAGUCAGAUGAACCACCUCAACACGUUAGCCAGCAUGGCCUCUGCUGCCCAGGUCCACCACUCUACCCUCUCCUCCCGCGGCCGCAUGGUCACCUCUGUUAUAAAGGAGCGUGUUCGGGACAGUCCGUCUCCAGCUCCCUCUCUGGAGGACGGGAGGAGGUCUGGGAGUCACCUGUCCUCUCGUCACAGCAGCAGCAUCUCCAGCUCCCCAGUACACCCAGAACACUCUGCAGACAGGACCCGUAUGUACACUAACCCUAACCCAGUACACCCAGAACACUCUGCAGACAGGACCCGUAUGUACACUAACCCUAACCCAGUACACCCAGAACACUCUGCAGACAGGACCCGUAUGUACACUAACCCUAACCCAGUACACCCAGAACACUCUGCAGACAGGACCCGUAUGUACUCUAACCCUAACCCAGUACCCAGAACACUCUGCAGACAGGACCCGUACGUACACUAACCCUAACCCAACACCCAGAACACUCUGCAGACAGGACCCGUAUGUACUCUAACCCUAACCCAGUACACAGAACACUCUGCAGACAGGACCCGUACGUACUCUAACCCUAACCCAGUACCCAGAACACUCUGCAGACAGGACCCGUAUGUACUCUAACCCUAACCCAGUACACACAGAACACUCUGCAGACAGGACCCGUAUGUACACUAACCCUAACCCAACACACAGAACACUCUGCAGACAGGACCCGUACGUACACUAACCCUAACCCAGCACACAGAACACUCUGCAGACAGGACCCGUAUGUACACUAACCCUAACCCAGCACACAGAACACUCUGCAGACAGGACCCGUAUGUACACUAACCCUAACCCAGUACACACAGAACACUCUGCAGACAGGACCCGUACGUACUCUAACCCUAACCCAGUACACACAGAACACUCUGCAGACAGGACCCGUACGUACACUAACCCUAACCCAGCACACAGAACACUCUGCAGACAGGACCCGUACGUACUCUAACCCUAACCCAGCACACUCUGCAGACAGGACCCGUAUGUACUCUAACCCUAACCCAGCACCCAGAACACUCUGCAGACAGGACCCGUAUGUACACUAACCCUAACCCAGCACCCAGAACACUCUGCAGACAGGACCCGUACGUACACUAACCCUAACCCAGCACACAGAACACUCUGCAGACAGGACCCGUACGUACUCUAACCCUAACCCAGCA